UCAAAAAAGGAAAAAAAAAAAUUGUGAAUAGAAGACUCAAGAGCGAGUUAUGAGUAUGAUUGUAGUAGGCAGACAGAGAUGAAAGUGGAAUGAAAGAGAGAAAAAAAUAAAGAGUAGUUGCUGCUGCCGAGGCCUGACAGGCACACACACAGCCAAAAAAAAAACACAGGGACGACCGCCAAGCCACCCUCCUGAGCCUGCUCUGACCCGCCGCCUCUGCUCUCUCUUAUUCACCUGUCCAGUUUUGAGUGUGGUCCAUCCCCUACCCUCCCCUCCCAAUAUAUCUAAAUUCAAUAGCUAAAGGUCUCAUCUUUCUUCAGUUCUCAGAGGCUCUUCUCUAUUUAAUUUUGCUGGGUUUAGUUUUGCUUCUUGGGGGGCUCUGAAUUGCAGCAUAUCUGAAUGAAAAGGUAAAGGUUGAAGCUUGGUGUUCUGGGUUGUUGAUAUUAUGAUCAACCAAAAGCAAUGGAUUGGGAGGUUUUUUAUAUGUAGGUUUUUUGAGCUGGGUUUUUGAGUUAAUGAAUUAACACCAAGUCUGGUGGUAUCUCUCUAGCUCCCACAGAUUAUUAAGACCUCUCCUAUCUGGGUUUUGUGCUCAUCCGACACCCCGUUUUCGGUCCUUUGUUCAAAUUACAGUAAAACAAAGAACAAACAAGAAAGCAGGUCAACAAUCUAAUCUCUUCACACCUUCUGACACCUUGUGUAUAGAAGGAGCAAAAAAAUCUUGUCGACUAUCGUUCAAUUCUGGGAGAUAUUGGGCCAUCGGAUUUUCAUAAUUUCUUUCCCAUUUGGUUUCAUGCUUAUUACAUUCAUUGUGAUUGAUGAAAUGAGUGAAUGGCCUCUGGUUUUUUGUGGUGGGUAGGUAGGUUAGUGGGAACGAGAAAGAGGCAUGCCUAUGCACAAGGAUAACGAUCGCCCUUUGUUUUGCAGUGAGAGUCUUUAGAUUCUCAAGGCUCAGCGAGACACGUUGAGCCUCUUAUCUCACAACAACGCUCUAAUUUAGCCUUCCCCUUAUAACCUGCGUGUUCCAUAAAGCCACACAUCUCAUCAAGCAAGAGCACAGCAGCAAAAGAAAGAAAAGUUUAUAGGGAGAUCAUCAUCAAACACCAGCUGGGGCUUGUUCAGAAGAUGGAUCAGCAAAAUCCAGAUCAGAGAUUGAAGCCAGCUUUACAGACUGAGAACCAGCAGCAGCAGCAGCAAAACCAGCAGCCUCAGAAGUGUCCUCGCUGUGAAUCUCUGAACACCAAGUUUUGCUAUUACAACAAUUACAGCCUCUCUCAGCCGCGCUACUUCUGCAAGACUUGUAGAAGGUAUUGGACCCAAGGCGGGACCCUCAGGAACGUGCCUGUCGGCGGAGGCUGCCGGAAGGGGAAGCGUCCCAAGACUAAUUCAUCAUCAUCAUCAUCUCCCUCUCUGCAGCCACAAGCGCAGGCACAGGCACCACAACAAGACCAGCAAACAGUGAAAAACUUGUCCACGACAAGCCCAAGUUCUAAUCUUGGGGCUAUAGAGAGCACUGGUAAUUUGGCUUCUCACCAUCAGUACUAUCCUGGUGGUACUGGUUAUUUGUCAUCUUAUGCAGCAAUUCAAUCUCUGAAUCAGUCACAGCCCUUCAACGUUGGGGGCCAUGAUCAACUGGGAGGAGGUGCAUCCUCAAAUAUGAGCCUGCUGCAGGGGUUCAAUGUUUCAGCUCCUUUUGGCCAAUUUUAUCAAGCUGGCAACACUAAGAGCAUCAUGGUGGAUCAAACGGCUCUGUAUCCAUCUAAUCAAGAGGGCCUAUUGAUUCAACCAACCAGGCCUUCUGCUGCUAGUGACCAUGACUGGCCCCAUCAGAGCUUCAACAUCAACAGAUCAUCUGCUAAUGCUUCUUCUGCAGCUUCUGAAAGCGCUUUGUGGGCCACCACCACCUCUGGUAACAUGAACACCACCACCACCACCAGCGCUGGGCCUUCUCUGAACCCAAACCAGUGGCCUGAUCUACCUGGAUCAUAUGGCCCUCCUAAUUGAGACUUUUCAAGCAUGCAUUUCUUGCAGCAGCUCCCUCAACCUCCAGAGACCGUACAGCAUGGCAAUUAAUUAUCUAUCUGCAUAUGGAUGGAUCUCAUCUCAGCCCAUGUUCAGUUCUCAUUUCCUAUACUGGGCUAAAUUGUUUCAUUUACUCGGUGGUUUAAGUAGGUUAUGUAUAAUCUUUGUUUUUCAUGGAGCAUAGAUAUAUAUAUAUAUUAUUUAGAGAGAAUUUGGUGAUGUGAGUUUUCAUUGUAAAUGAAAGGAGGAGCGUAUAGCGGUCGUAAUCAUAUAUAGCCUUUUGUUUCCAUGGGUUGGGUUGAUCUAUGAUUAGGUUGUUUGUUUUGAACUUAAAA